AUGGACCCGCCAAUGGGGCUCCCAAGCCUGGGGCCCAAGUCCCCAGGCCAAGGUGUUGAAAGCCCCGGCAAACAGCAUCAGCCUAAGUCUUUGACCCCAAGGCGCGUAGCCAAGGUGAAAGAGACCCCGGGCCUGGUGGCAUUGCUCUCUCCUGGCGGCGGCGGCAGCAGCAACGACGUCAAUGCAAAGGCGACCCUGACGGUUACGAACAAGGACGGGGAGAAGAUGAAGAAUGGGGAGGGAACAGCCAAAGCAGAUGAGAUGGGGACCAAGCCGGGGCAAGCCCACGGCCCUGGCCAUUCGGCCGCUAUCGAGGCAGAGAAGAUCUCGACUCCAGUGAGGUUGCCCCCCCGUCGUCGCGGCGGCAAGAGCGGCAAGAGGUCGAAGAAGACUCGGGCUAAAAAUAGGAAGAAGAGGGCGUGGAACCGCAGCGUCCACAGCCUUCCUCAAUCGCCCGCGGUUAAGGCGAAGCGAGACUCUGCUCCGGCGACACUGCCCCCCGGGGGUAAGGACGGCGGCGGCAGCAGCAGCAAGGCAAAGAAAACGCCGACAAAGAGCAAGAUUGACGAGGCGAAGAAGAAGAAUGAGGACAGGGACAAGGGCAAGACGGGGAUCAGCUCGGAGCAGAUCCGCGGCCUCAAACCAUCGCUCGCCACCAAGGCAGACCGAGACUCGGCUCCAGCGGGACUCACUCCCCAAUACCGCGAUGGCGACAAGGCCAAUGCAACGACGGCGACGAAGAAGAAUGCGGAAACCGUCAAAGCGGCGGAGUCGCUUUCCGAGCAGGUCCGCAACCUCGAGGAGCAAGAGGCGCGCCAGCGCAAGGGCAAGAAAGUCCUCGCCGCCGAGAACCGCCGCCUGGGCAGGGAAAUAUCCGAUCUCAAGCUCGACUACGCCAGCGUGCUCUCGACGGUCAACCGCCUCGAGGCCAUGAACCACUCGCUGCACUCGAUCCGCGACCAGACAGCCGAUAAGCUCGACGCGGCCAACGAGGCGCUGCAGGUGGAGCGCGCGCGCGCCGACGGCCUCGCCGUCGAUGUCAAGAGAGAGCGCGAGGCGUACGCGCUGCUCGUCGAGCGGGAGAAGCGCGGCACGUUUGAGCUGCGCAAGUUCCGCACCGCCCUCGCCGCCGCCUUCAAGUUGCUGCCGUCGCUCGAGGACCAGGUCUCGUUCCGUGGGCUUGUGGAGCGGACGGAGCGCCAUCUGCGUGAAAAGAUGGCGGGGGAGGGCGCGGGGAAGGGCACUUCUCUUGUCCCGGGCGAUAAGUCGGCGCGUGCGUUGAAGAGCAAGCUUGCUGCCCUGGACGGUAAGGGUGACGAAGUCAACGACGACGUCAAGCCCAAUGUCAAAACGCAGACAGCCGCUGGCCCCGUCGGCGCCGCCAAGCCGGAGAUCAUCGAGGCCAAGGUGGUGACGGCUAAGCCAGCUCAAGCAUCGGCCCCGGAGACGACCCCGGCAGGACAACAACAAAGCCUGAAGAGGGAGCGCCAGGAAUCGCCUCUUGUCGUGUGGAGCGAUGACGAGUUCGACGUGCCCCUCGCCAAACGUCGCCGGAGCGUCAAGUAG